CUAGCUUGACCUGUAAAUAUAUCCGCUGGUGUUCCUGUGUCGGCACAGCAAUUGCAGGAAGAGCGCUCAGUCAUUGCAAGUUGCAGAAGAACCGAAUGGAUUCUCUUAACAGCAUUUUAUCAGUAACUUAAUAUUAGCUCAUUUUAAAGGGAAUGCACUGAUACAAUUAAAGACUUUCGAAAUGCGGGUAUAGCGGUUUGUGAGAGCAGCUCCACUGUGCCUUAGCCUAGCCGAGCUGACCUGCUGAACUGGACCAGUUAAAGUAGGUUUAGAUAUUAACUCAAGCUAAGUUGAGUUUUUAUAAAGUAAAGGUUUGCUUCCUGCAUCCAGACAUGGAGUCAUGUGGAGCCAUUGGCACCGUUCUCGGAUGCUCUGCGGGCAUUGCGAUGGCUGUGCUUGUGUUUGCAGCCUACAAACUUGGCUUACUGUACCAGUUGUUUCACAAGACUGAGACGAAGAGCCCGCGACAUGGUGGUGAGAGUGUGGCAGAGGUGCUCCGCGCCCACGGGGUCAAGUACUUGUUCACACUCGUCGGCGGACACAUCUCGCCCAUCCUGGUGGCUUGUGAGAAGGUGGGCAUCCGCAUCGUGGACACUAGACAUGAGGCCACCGCUGUCUUCGCUGCUGAUGCUGUGGCGAGACUCUCAGGCACUGUUGGUGUGGCAGCAGUGACUGCUGGCCCAGGCCUCACUAACACAGUGACAGCUGUGAAGAAUGCGCAGAUGGCUGAAUCUCCAUUGCUGCUCAUGGGAGGAGCUGCUGGCACAAUGCUUCAAGGCAGAGGAGCGCUGCAAGAUAUCGACCAGAUGUCUCUCUUCAAGCCGCUGUGUAAGUUCUGCGCCUCCAUCAGGACCAUCAGGGAGAUCGUGCCUACCGUCAGGAAAGCCCUGGCCAUCGCCCAGUCGGGGACUCCCGGUCCUGUUUUCAUAGAGUUCCCCAUCGACACGCUCUACCCCUACCAUCUUGUGUCCAAAGAGUUUGGAGUUAAGAACCCUCCCAAAGGCCUGAUGGGCAAAGUUGUCUCAUGGUACCUCACUAACCACCUCAUGAACCUCUUUGCUGGAGCCUGGGAGACCAGAGAUGUGUCUCCGCUUCCUGUUGACAUCCCACAAGCCACCGACGAUCAGGUACAAAAGUGCAUCGAGCUGGUGAGUCGAGCCAAGAAGCCUGUUAUUCUGCUGGGUAGCCAAGCAACUCUACCUCCAACCCCGGCCGAUGACAUUAGGAAGACAUUGGAGGACCUGGGCAUCCCCUGCUUCCUUGGGGGAAUGUCCCGCGGCAUGCUGGGUAAAGACAGCCCCAUCCACAUCAGACAGAACAGGCGAGAUGCCCUGAAGGAGGCCGACUUGGUGCUCUUAGCAGGCACUGUGUGUGACUUCCGGCUGAGCUACGGCAGCGUUCUCAACAGACGCAGUAAGAUCAUCGCAAUCAACAGAGAUAAGACGCAGCUGCUGAAAAACUCCGAUAUGUUCUGGAAACCAACAAUGGCAAUUCAGGGUGAUGCUGGCUCAUUCUUAGUACGGCUUUCCAAAGGCCUGAAGGGCCAUCGCUGUCCAGAGGAAUGGCCUCAGAGGCUCAAAGCAGGAGAUAUCACCAAAGACAAUGUAAACAGGGCCAAAGGUGAUGAGAAGACCGACCACCACUUAAAUCCCUUGAAAGUCCUCCACUGUGUGGAUGAGCUGAUGGCAGAGGACAGCAUCAUUGUUGCUGAUGGGGGGGAUUUUGUUGGCAGUGCUGCUUACAUAAUGAGACCAAGAGGACCUAUGCGUUGGCUAGAUCCAGGAGCCUUUGGGACUUUGGGAGUUGGAGGAGGAUUUGCUCUGGGGGCAAAACUGUGCCGGCCUGAAUCUGAGGUGUGGAUAGUGUAUGGCGACGGCUCCUUAGGAUACAGCGUUGCAGAGUUUGACACAUUCACUAGACACAAGACACCGAUAAUAGCUGUGGUGGGAAAUGACGCAUGUUGGAGUCAGAUAUCCAGAGAGCAGGUUCCCAUACUCGGCAGCAAUGUGGCGUGUGGUCUUGCGUUUACAGAUUAUCAUAUAGUGGCAGAUGGUUACGGUGGUAAGGGCUACCUCAUAGGGCGCGAGGACGAGGACCGGCUCAGCGACAUCAUCAGACAAGCUCAGAGGGAAACCCGGGAGGGCAAGGCUACACUUCUCAAUGUUCUGAUAGGAAAGACCAACUUUAGAGAGGGCUCUAUCUCUGUAUAAGGCAGCUGUGGUUUCUUUCUUCUUUUACCUUUGGCUCUUCAUAGACUUUACUAGGUGUAAGGCUCUAUGUAGGGUUGAAGAGAGUAGGAAGAUGCUGCUGGAAACUGUGUAGAGCCCCCUGACCAGACCUAUGCUAAUCCUCUGUGCCCUUAAAGCCAUAUUUCCCCUUGGUAAGAGGAAAUGACUACAGUUUGCUGAUCUUGUUUCGGAGUUAAUGAACCGUCAGUUGCAAUAUCACUUUACUUCCCUCUUCAGACUAGUCAAAAAGCAAACUAGCAAAACAUCUGCAAACACCUGAGUCAUGACUCUGAUAUUUUACUAUCAAAAGGGUGACUGUUUAUAAACCUGCAGGUUCAGUUAUUUACUCUUCAGUGAAAUACUACAGCUCCAAAUCUGCCAGCAUGGAAAUGAAGUCUUUUGUUGUGCAUCAUGCAACGUUCAGGUUCACGUUGUGCUAUUUAAGAUAACUGAUGCAUUCUAAGAAGGGAAAGAGUGUAAAGUUAAGACUCUUGCUUUGUUAAUGGAUUGUACCUUUUCAUAACCGUCUUGCAAAUAAACCAGUGAUUAAAAAUCAUUUGUGCGAGAGAGCAUGGGUUUAAGAUAUCAAAUGCGACCAGUAUGCCUUUUCUCCUGUUAUCAAACAGGAGUCUUUUUACGAGGAGACAAGAAACCUUACAGCUGUAAUGUUCUAUAUUGCUUGAUGAUUUGGAAUAUAAAUGUGAAAUGGAAAAUAUUUUUUGAAUGUUGAAGAUUGACAAAUGGUAUGCCUUUAAUGUUUGAUUGUGUCUUUCAAUACAUUGAUAUGUGUGGAUUGAAAAUGUGUCUGCUGAUUCAGAUAUGUAUUUGAAUUUUUAAUACUAACUUGCAUUGAUGUGGGUUAUCAUUUCAAAUACACCUAUACACAAUAUGUAUGCACAAUAAUUAUAACUUAUUUACUCACCGGGUGAACAUGUGUGGAUCAUCUCACUCCAAUAUAUAUUGCUGUUUUAUUUGGUACUAUGAGGGGGGUUAUGUCAAACCUUUAAUCCUACAAUGUUAAUUUGGCUUCAUUCUCAAAUAAAUUGAAUAAAAGAAAGUGGGUAAUGA